AUGGCUGAAGCAAUUGUUUCUUUUGUCUUGAAGCAACUGGGUUCAGUUCCUUCUGAGCAGGCUUCUGGCUACAUCACAAAACAAGUGAGCCUUGUUGGGGAUGUUGACGAAGAAGUAGAGAAGCUUACGCACAACCUUGAAGCCAUUCAAGCUGUGUUAUUUGAUGCAGAGCAAAAACAAAUGAAGACUGCAGCUGUGAGACUAUGGUUACAUCGUCUCAAAGACGUAUGCUAUGACGUGGAAGAUGUGCUGGAUGAGUGGAAUACUGCAAUCUUGAAAUUGCGAAUUGAGGGAGGUCACGAUCAUAAUGCUAUUGCUCCGAAGAAGAAGGUGUGUUGCUUCUUUCCAUUUCGUUGUUUUGGUUUCAAAGAAGUUGUUUUACGUCGCGACAUUGCAAUUAGGAUAACUGAUAUAAAUAAAAAGCUAGAUCCUAUAGCCAAAGAGAAAAAUGAUUAUAAUCUUAAUGUGAUUAAGGCUAUUGAGAGAUUUGAUAAUCAACAAAUGCAAACUACUUCUUUUAUUGAUGUCUCUGAUAUAAUUGGUAGAGAAAAUUUGAAGAAUGAUUUAGUAAACAAGUUAUUGUGUGAGGAUCGUGAAAAAAACCUCCAUAUCAUCUCGCUUGUAGGGAUGGGGGGAAUAGGAAAAACAACUCUUGCCCAAUUUGCCUACAAUAACAAUAAGGUGGAGAACAAUUUUGAUAAAAGAAUCUGGGUGUGUGUCUCAGAGCCUUUCGAUGAGAUUAGGAUUGCCAAAGCAAUAAUUCAAUCUCUCGAGAAUUAUACUUCUAAUGUAGUAGAAUUAGAAUAUCUUCUUCAUUGUAUUCGUGACUCUGUUAAGACUAAAAAAUUUUUGCUUAUUUUGGAUGAUGUGUGGACUGAAAAUGACAAGAAAUGGGAACCAUUCUAUAAUUGUCUAAAGAAUGGUCUUCAUGAGAGUAAAAUUUUAAUUACCACACGUAAAGAGUCAGUUGCACGUAUAAUGAAAUCAAAUGAUAUCAUAAAUGUUGGUGAAUUGUCUAAUGAGGAGAAUUGGUUAUUUUUUGAAAAGCUAGCACUUUCUGAAAGACUUCCUGAAGAGUAUAAAAAUUUAGAAGAAAUUGGUAGGAAAAUAGUUAGGAAGUGCAAGGGGUUACCUCUUGCUGUAAAAACUAUUGGGAGUCUCUUGCAGUUUAAAAAAUCUAAAGAGCAGUGGCAACAUGUGUUAGAUAGUGAAAUGUGGAAGUUUGAAGAUACUGAAAAAGGUCUUUUAACCCCUUUGAUGUUGAGUUAUAAUGAUUUACCUCCAAUGGGUUAUCUUAGAGAAGAAAAAGAUGAUGAGAAUGAGGAUAUAAUUGGUGAAGAGUAUUUUGACUAUUUAGUGGCAAGAUCUCUCUUACAAAAGCAUAAAUCAUUUUCUGGUUCGUACAUGCAUGAUAUAGUACACGACUUUGCACAAUUUUUGGGUGAUAAAGAGUGCUUAUCAAUAGAAGUGUAUGGCGACGAAGACCCACUUAAGAACUCUCCUAAGGACAGAGGGAUUGGAAAAUUAGUAAAUUUGAGGCGUUUGGAAUAUAAUGAUUUUCGGGGUACACUACUUUACACGCCAAAAGGGGUAGAGAAAUUGACAGGUCUUCGAAGGUUAGGUUCAUUUGUCAUACGGGGUGGUGGUGAUCAUGAUAACAAAGCAUGUAGUUUUGAAGGACUGAAAAAUUUGAAUCGUCUUGAAGGGGGGCUUAUAGUAAGAGGAUUGGGAAAUGUAACAGAUGUCAGCAAUGGGAAACUGGCAGAAGUUUUUAAGAACAAGGAAAAACUCCGGUGGUUGGAUUUAAAGUUUGAUAAACGUGGAGAAGUGGAGAGACUAGAUGAGGAUGAUGAACUAAUACUUGAAACCUCACAACCACCACCAAAUUUAGAGACUCUAAGUAUAUACUACUACAAAGGCAACACAUUCCCUGCCGCUUGGACGACUUUAACCAAACUGAAGGAGUUAAGACUUAAGGAUUGCCCCAAGUUAAAGGCACUGCCAGACAGCCUUCUGCAGAGGACAACACUCCAGGAAUUGUCUAUUAGUGGAUGUCCUUUUCUAUGUGAACGAUACAACAAGGAAACAGGAGAGGACUGGCCCAAGAUCUCUCACAUCCCUUAUAUCAGCAUCAAUCUUCAGUUUGUACGAAGUGGGCAAUGA